CUACUUAUACAAAGCAAACUUUCAUUUCGGUUUAGAAGCUGCGCAGGACCCAGAAUCCGUUUCUCAAACUCUGAAAAGAUUUUUCUCAGCCAUGAAAGCCCUUCUACUUGUUGCAUUGGUGCUCCUGAUUCACUGCACUAAUGCGACCUUGAUCAUCAAAGGCCCAACUGAGCCUGUUCUGGAGGGCGAGGUGGUCACUCUGGAAUGCUUGUACUCAGACUCUGACCUGAAUGUCACCAAGGUCCACUUUGAGUACCUUUCUUCGUACCAGAAUGUGUGGCGUAAAGUUUGGGGGUCCAGUCUGAGUCGUGGGUAUUGUUACGGAUGGGACUAUUUUAACAGCGAGGAGGAGGAGAGCAGCGGACGUCUGCUUAUUUCCUUCCCAACAAGGUUCUCUGGAGUGCCCUUCCGCUGUGUGUCAGACAACGAAAACGUCACCGCUCCCGACAACUCGUCCGAGCCGCUGACCUUCAAAGUCCAGUAUAUGAGAGAGCUGUCGGUGUCCAUGGAAGGCUACACCAGCUACCUGGGCGUCCCGCAGGACCUGAAGGUGCGACUCGGGGAUGACGUGGAGCUCAAGUGCUCGGCGAGCUCGUCCGAGGAGCCGAGCUACUACUGGCAGAAAGAGGGUAAUGACUGGAUUCUGCCUUCCUCCACGCUCACACUGAAGAAGGUGAGCGCGGUGGAUGAGGGAAAGUACACCUGCAUGGCGGAGCAUCCUUCAGUGAAGUCCUUCACCAAGACACGCACCAUCAGCAUCACCCUCCUGCCCGAGGAUGCUGCAUGGUACGAGACUACUAAUGGGCGACUCUGGUUGAUGACCUCCGCGGCCGCAGUGUCCCUGCUCGUGUUCAUCCUGUCUGUGACCGUGUUCCUGUGCCGCAGGGCCAAGCGGAUCAGGACCAGCAAGGGGCCCAUCGAUGACCGCUCUCAGAAGAAGCCCAUCUACAAAUCGAGUGUGGAGUCCCUUCCCUCCACCUGCGCAGACAAACAGCCGCUGGUGUGAACGUGCAGGCGGGGCGGCGGGAUGAGAAAGUUGGAGUGAGAGAAAGAUGGAAUGGGUGGCCACAAGUCAGAGUGGGUGGGUGGGGGAAGGGUGGGGGGGUCGAAGGAGAAAGUGGAUAGAGUGAGGUAAAUAGGGAUAUUCAGAGGCGGUGGAGAAAAAAAAUCGAAAUCAGUAACGAGCAGGGUGUAAAAAAUAAAUAAUGAAAAAUACUGAAGGGCAAAUGAUUGCUUUAGGGAUGUCGUAGGAGCUUUGCUUGUGAGUGCAGGCUGCAGUCAUGUAUCUCGAACAGAACCGUUUUGCAAUUUUCUUUUCAUUUACUCUGCCGUGUGGAAAGAGGAAGAGCUCCAGUCUUUGCAAAAAAAACGAUGAUGAAGAUCCUCCUGCUUAAGAGCGGCAAAAACCUCCUUGUACAAUUCCUUCCUUUCGGGCGAAAGCGUAAUUGCACUGCUGUUGAUCACACAUUAACUCUUUAGGUGAUAAGAGUUAAUGUGUUGAAUUGUUUUGGUGUCAUUUUUUUUUCCCUGUUCCUUAAUGAUAAGCAUAAGCCCAGCAUAACGUAUGUGGGAAAGGUUAUUAUAAUUUUUGGCACCGCUCAAGCACUUUGCACUUCUAUUACUGCACUUUUGGAUUUCUUUGUCAUUAAAUGGCUUUAAAAAAUAUUAUUUACCCA